CUCCUACGUUCCUUUUAAUCUCGUUAUCUUCUUCCUGAGUUGCUCUCAAAUCCUCUCUCUUUCUGGGGCUAAGACUAUUCUGAUAAACGAAAAUUUGUUGCAGAAUUUAUAGCCAUGUUUUCGGCGACUAAGGAUGAUAUACACAACAGGUUCUCCGCCGUGUCAAAUUCUUUGGCGGCGACGCCCCUUUCUCAGAUGACGACAACUGGUAUUCCGAUGAGCUCGCUGAACCAGCAGCCGAAGAACAAGGUUGGUUGGUCCUCUGGGCUCUGUGACUGCUUCUCUGACUGGCGAAACUGCUGCUUGACUUGCUGGUGCCCUUGUAUGACCUUCGGACAGAUUGCAGAAAUUGUAGAUAAAGGAUCAUCUUCUUGUGGUGUAACGGGGGCACUCUGCACAUUAAUCUGCUGCGUAACCUGUUCUCCCUGCUGCUUCACUUGCUUCUAUCGAUCAAAAAUGAGGAAGCAAUACAUGUUGCACAAGAAGCCUUGCUGCGAUUGUCUGGUUCAUUGUUGCUGCAUGUAUUGUGCCCUUUGCCAAGAGCAUCGCGAGCUCCGAAAUCGUGGCUUCGAUAUGAUUGCUGGGUGGCAUGGAAAUCUGGAUAAAGAGACUGGAAGUGUGGCUAUGACCCCAGUUGUUCCAAUGACUCCCAUGACUGCACUGGAACCAGUAAUGGAAGAUGAUGAAACCAUGAGCUCAUCCCAUUAUUAAGGUGGAAAUUAUAAGGUUUUUUAGUUUUCCAAACACUUUUAUGAUAUAAAGUUGUUGCUUGCAGUAAAUUAGACAGUAAUACUAUAUAUAUUUAUUUGAUAUAUAUAAAUAAAUAUAUAUUUAAUAUAUGGUGACAUAUAUUAAAUAUGUAUUUAUUUAUGUACUUAAAAUAAAUAUAUAUAAUUUUACGGUAAAUUAUUAGGGCAAAUUGAUUAUGAUAUCUAGUAGUAUAGUACUAUCGGAUGAAAAAAUAGAGAAGUGUAACAUGACAUGAAUAAUAAUUAUUUGUGUGCACAUUUCAAAUUUUAAAACAUAUAUAAUAAUAAAAUAAUUUUUAUGUA